UUUCCACCUUAACACACAAGGAGGACUUGUGAAGUGAGAGAAGGAAGAAAGAAAGAAAGAAGCGUAAAGAUAAUGGCGGCAGCGUUAACGGCUGUUAAAGUAGUGAAUGUGGCAGCAACAACAACUCAAUUCUACGUGGAGAGUAAUCCUAUCAACCCUUUGAUUUCAGGGUUCCGAUGGAUUUCCGGCACCGGCGGCAUUACCGCGGCGGCCUCUACCUUCAAACCCCAGCGUCUCAUCGCCACGUCCGCUUCUGGUGUGCAUAUGAAAAGAACUGUUCGAGAGAACGUAAUUCGUCCUCCAUUACCGACUCCAUACCUUCUUAACAAGGCAUUACAGAGUCGGCAGAGAGGAGAUGGGGCUGCCAAAUCUGGGAUUUUUGUGUCCAACAUUGAUGCUGAACUGUCCACCCCAAAAUGCAUUCUUUUGGACAUUGAAGGAACCACAACUCCGAUAUCGUUUGUUAUGGAAGUGCUCUUCCCAUAUGCCCGUGAGAACGUGGGAAGGCAUUUAGGGAUUACAUAUCAUACAGAUGAAACAAAAGAUGAUAUCAAGUUGUUGCGGUCUCAAGUAGAGGAUGACUUGAAACAACAGAUUGCUGGUGCACUUCCAAUUCCAUCUGAUAAUGCAAAUAAAGAGGAGAUAAUUUCAUCUUUAGUUGCUAAUGUGGAAGCAAUGAUAAAAGCUGACAGGAAGAUUACUGCCUUGAAAGAAUUGCAGGGUCGCAUAUGGAGAACCGGGUUUCAAAAUAACGAGAUUGAGGCUGUGGUUUUUGCUGAUGUCCCUCCAGCACUUGAAAAGUGGCAUGCUUCAGGCAUCAAGGUAUACAUUUAUUCAAGUGGAAGUAGAUUAGCGCAAAGGCUAAUAUUUGGGAACACAAACUAUGGAGAUUUGAGAAAACACUUGUGCGGAUUUUUUGAUACCACGGUCGGGAACAAGAAAGAAACAAGAAGCUACUUCGAGAUUGUAGAAUCUCUUGGCGUUGACAAACCGAAUGAGGUUCUAUUCAUUACCGAUGUUUAUCAGGAAGCUAUAGCUGCCAAGAAUGCAGGUUUGGAGGUAAUAAUCUCAUUGCGGCCAGGCAAUGGAGCUCUUCCAGAUAAUCAUGGAUUCAGGACAAUCACUUCUUUCUCAGAAAUCUAAAACACACUAAUUUCAGUGAUGUUUCAAAACUAAACUUACAUAGUCAAAUCACACUAGUUAUGUCUUUGUGCUGGUUAUUUAUACAAUAGCACUUAAUACCCAUUAUAUUUGUAUAAACAGAAUAAGUUAUUAGUU